CCCAAGGAUGACAGCCAGCUUGUUCAACACAGACUUGCGCCUUUUUUAUUUUGGAUAGUGAUUUUCUACAACAUGUGCUCUGUUUGGAUCACUCGCUGCUCUAUGACAUCAUCGGGCUGGAACCUCUCAAACAACAGUUGCCACCCAAGUGGCGGCGGUGGUGGUGAAAAACAUGGCACUGGUGGAGAACCAUUGAUGUGAACUCUCGUGGCCCUGCUUCCACCAGCCAUAAGACCUGAGCUGCCUUGGGGGAAAUGGAAGCCCUGAUCUCCACGCCAUCCCCAUAUUUCUGGUCCUAGCUGUACCUCCCCAUUGAUGGUUCAUCUCAUCCUAGGCCCGCAAACGCCACCCAACAAGAUUGCUGAUCUGUACGGCUUCCGACCAAGUGAGUUGUGGUUCUGAGGGACUGGAAAAGGAGGCAGUCUUCCCUUGGUGUUCCUCCUGUUCCUUUUAUUCUUUCCCCCUCCACUCGCUCUGGAUGAAGGGCCAUUGAAGAAGUGCUCUAUGAUUUCUUUUCCAUCUCCAGUGAAGAGGACCUUCUUGUGUGGCCUUCAUCUUUUCUGUUGACCUUUGACUUACCAGUUUUGGCUGCCAUCCCUGCUAAUGUGGAAGGAGUACAUCUCCCUGCUGUGGUUCCUGGAAAAUGGAUGACAUCAUCAACAGAGUUAGCAGUAACCAAAAAGACAAAAACGAGCAAGCUGAAGAGGAGAAAAGACUCCAAGAACUAAAUGAGCAGGUCAAAGAGAUCAGCGAACUUCAAGAGCCAACUUUCGAAGGCGAUAAACCCCCAGAAGUAUCUGAGCAGGACCAGGAGAACAUGCCACAAAACUUAAAUUACCAAACUGAAGAGAGCAGUGAACUUUCAGCGCCAGAUCUUGAAAUUAAAAUCCAAGAUCUAUCUGAGCUGGUUGACGAGAACAAGCCAGAAAACCUAAUCGAGCAGGCUGAAGAGAGCAGUGAACUUACGGAGCCAAAUGUCGAGGACAAUAAAACCCAAGAACUAGCUGAGGAGCAGGACCAGGAGAACAAGCCACAAGGCCCAGAUGAGCAGGCCAACGAUGAUAAUCCUCAAGAUCUAAAGGACAGGGUUGAGGGACGUGUGAAAACAUCACUGCUGCACCUCCCUGGUAGAGAGCCCUCCCUGUAUCCACUUUCCAGGAUACCAGAUUUUUAUUUGGCAGAACUGCAGGAUGGACUACAAAUCUCCCCUACCUCUCAACCUCAAUUGGAUGAAAUUCCACAACACCAAGCUAAAGAUGGCAAACUCCCCGACCUGAAGGAGGAGGUCGAGGAAGCUUCGGAGGGUCUGAUGGAGAAACUGACACUACAGCCUCAAGACAAAAAAUUAAAGCCGCCUUCUAUUACCACCAUUGUGGAUUUAAAACCGCAGGCCAAAAAGAAGCUGAAGGAUUCCCUCUCCUACGUCUCUGCUAGAUCUACUUAUUCCAUGCGAUCUGUACGGAAUUUGCCAGUGCCUGCAAAGGUCCCACUUCAGAGACCCCCUUCUCCCAAAGUAAAACCUGAAACUGUUGAUAAAGGAACUCAGUGCAAGCUGAUGCUCAUGCGGAAAUUGCAGGUGCUUCCGAGGACGCCGUCCCCUCAGAGACGCCAUGUACAGAGAGCAAAGCCCCCAACCGCUGAUAAAGCGACCCAGAUUAACUCCAACUAUGGGAGGUUGGAGAAGAGACCGCCUGUUUUGAUCAAAAAGAAGAAAACAGGGGAAACGACCAUUAACAAGACUUUUCCAAGCAAGACCAGGCCAUCCAUCUUGCGUAAAGAAGGUGACAGCUGUUAUGACAAUAUCUGCACGGAGGAUUCCAUGACUAAUAAAAAGGGCAAGAAAGCUAAAGCUGUCUACAAUUUCCACAUAACUGUUUAUGAAGGGGAGAAUGAAAUGGAUUCGAUGUGUAAGGCGGGACCGAGAUGGGAAGAGUCUGCAUCCUCUUCAGGGCUCUCCAAGGCCUGCACUGUUUUCAGCACACUUAAGUCUGGAAUGAUUCACACCAGCGAUCUCCUCUUGACUUUGCACACCCUGGGCAUCCUAGUGACCAAUGCUGAAAUGCGUCGGACGCUGAGGCAUGUCAAGGUGACCGCAUCUGGGACUCUGGAUUUCUCUGAAUUCUUGGAAGUUGUGAACAAUACCUCGCCUUUCACAGACACAGAGGAUUUCCAGACUAUUCUUUGGAUUUUCAGGAAAAUAAAUAAAGGUAUGGUGGCCGUUGAUGACUUGGAAACAGUCUUGAUAGGCCUGGGAGUCAACUUGAACAACGAGCAGAUACAACAGGCGCUGCGAUGCACUGAAGUUAAGAAUGGGAAUGUGGACAUUUUGAGCUUCCUUCAGACUGCAUGGGGACUGCAAAGAGGCUUUGAGGAAGAAGGUUUGCAACAUGAAUGCGACGCCAUGGACGCGAGCCCUUUCCGUGAUGUGACUGAGCUUGUCAAUGCAGAUGCUAGAUGGAGAAAGAAAUACUGCAAUGAGGAUUUCAUCACUACCAAGUGCCCCAUCCCCCUGAUGACAUUGUCAUGUUCAAAUAAAGACCUUGUUUUUGCCCCGCCAAAGAGAAGGUUAUCCUGGAAGUCUGACCAGAAGAGGCCCAGCGCUGUCAUCUCAUCAAAUGAGGGAGAUAAAGGCAGUGGCAUCAAGCUAACAAAAUCUCAGUUGGAUGCUACUGACCUGAGAAGUACCAGAUCUACAUCUUCUGUGCAUAACACAGAGGGAGGAGAUAAAGACCAUGACGCCAUGGAGGUGACAGAGGCACAGACAGGCUCUACUGGCCAGACAGACACCAUCCAGGAAGAAGAAGAACAACAACAAUAACAACAAAAAGUAAAGCCAUGACUACAUUGAGGAGACAAAGUCCUCAUCAGACUUUAAGCCCUCAAGUAAGGGUGCUUUGCAUCCUCAAGGCACCUUUCUAUCCAAGUGAGUUUAACUGAUAAAAGAUCUUUGGUUUCCUGUUUGGCAGAAAUUCUAUUUAGAAAAACUCCCCAAACCAGAUACAGUUACUCCUCCUGAUCAAGUACAAGGGAAUCUUUGGAGUGUUUCUCAUUGCUUCCCUGCGCCAGGCCAUGAUAUGCGCCGCUGAAGCCUAUUUCCAGAAUGGAAGCCAGGAUCGCAUGGGGAGGGGACUCGAUGAACGACUCGUUGGCAGACUUGAAUAAAGUCUAGCAGACCUGUUUCUCCAAACCAUUCUCUUCUGCUUCUUAAAAAUAAACAAAAACCUUGGCCUAUUUA